GUUGUAAAGUGCCAUCUGACGAGACACCUCAGCUCGCUCAGGUACCACCUGCCCCGAAUCGCUGCCAUACAGUAACUUCGUCGAUGAUUCCACAUCGCAUGACACUAAGAAGAUCUACCGGUAUCUUGGAGCUCCAUAUUCUCGAUUUACCACCUGGCGCAUCUUGCCACGCAGUGCACGCACUCGCGGCAUCAUAUACAUAUAUAAGUGCAAGUCGGUCGAACAUGAAGGUGACUGCUACUACCACGACUCGAAAACUACACCUAAACCUGGGAAAUACUUCGAGUACUACUUGGUCAGUGACACCCAGGUCGUGCUGGCUAUGGACCAAAAGCAUGUGUGUGUCGUCGGCGCCGGGAUAUCUGGCUUGCGAUGCGCCGAUGUCUUGCUCUCGCACGGAUUCAAGGUGACUAUCAUAGAGGCGAGAAACAGGAUAGGGGGCAGGAUCUGUCAGUCCGAGGGACUUGGGUAUACAGUUGACAUAGGCCCCAACUGGAUUCAUGCCUGGUCUGACUCGGGUGAACCUCAUCCCAUUUACAAGCUGGCUAUGGACACCAAGACUCCACUACACCACUGGAACAACAAGCAGCUGAUCUUCGACUCGGACGGGAACAAACUUCCUGAUGAACUGACCGAGCGCCUGUCGACCAUUCUCUGGGAGAUCAUUGAAGAGGCCUUCAACUUCAGCAAGGCUGCUCACGAAAAAAACGGGGGUAAAGACAUUGCGAGUACUGACUCCUUACAAGAUUUCAUCCGACGAAGAGCUCAGGACAUUGUCUCAGACGCGAAGGAACGUGCCCUGCUGGUCCAGAUGAGUGAGAUGUUUGGUGCCUACGUCGGGCAGCCGGUGUGGCAACAGAGUCUACGUUUCGCGUGGAUGGAGGAGUGCUGUGGCGGAGAGGAGAUGUUUGUUUCGUCCAACUAUUCCUCCAUCCUCGCCCUCGCCGCGAAGCCCGCGCUGACCAGCGCAACUAUCCAUCUAAACACGCGGGUAGUGGGCAUCACCUCUCACCCAGCCGCCUCUCCGACCUCGCGUCAGCUGGUAACUGUCACCACUGAUCAUGGGCAGACUAUGUCGUUUGACGAGGUGGUCGUGACUGCACCGUUGGGAUGGUUGAAGAAGAACCACUCAACCCUCUUCGAUCCCCCGCUCCCCCCUCGCAUCAGGUCCGCCAUAUCCAACCUAUCUUUGUCCCAGCUAGAAAAGGUCUUCUUCAACUUCCCGAGUGCCUUCUGGAAAACAGGUCUGCCCAACGAAGACGAUUUUCCAUGCUACACAAACUGGCUUUCUCCGACAUACUCUGCGUCAACCAACCCUUCCAAAUGGCCGCAGGAGAUAUGGGAUCUCUCCUCCUUUGCCCAGCCAAACAGGCACGCUACCAUCCUAUUCUACCUCUACGGUGACUGUACACGUCACAUCGUCAACAUGAUUAACGGCCAGACUCCCGCGGAGAAGCACCGUCUGCUUGACGAUUUCUUUCGGCCCUACUACUCCCUUCUCCCUGGAUACGACGCCGAGAAUCCAAACUGCACACCGCAAGCCAUUCUGGCGACCGAAUGGUUUAAAGACGAUCUCUGCGGCAAUGCGAGCUACUGCAACUUUCAGGUCGGCGUCGAGGAGGCGGAUAAAGAUGUGCUUGCCUUUAGGGAGGGCUGUGUUGAGAGGCGGCUGUGGUUCUGCGGGGAGCAUGCCGCGCCGUUCGACGAGUGUGGCACCGUUGCGGGGGCUUAUCUUAGUGGUGAGAGCGUUGGAAGGAGGAUUGUGGACUUGUACAAGUCUGAGAGCUAGCGGAUGCCUGGGUUUGGGGACGGUCUACUCUCCACAUGUGCUUACUGCGUAAAGUAUCAGUCAAUGUCUUGACGAGAAUCGUUAUAUCGUGUUGCUGUCUUAGCUACUACUACAUGUCCCUCUGGAACAAGUGACUCGUAACAUAUCGCAUUAUCGUAC